AUGGACACUGUGCGCGAUUCGUCUCUUGGGCAGCUCUUGCGAUGGGUAACGAGAAACAGAAUUUUGUUAUACCCAGAGGAGAAACCAUGUUUUGUGUUCAAGAAAGAAGAUGCCGAGCAGCAUCGCCUUGAAAAAUCGAAGUCCCAUCGAGAAGGCAUCACCAGGAACGGAAUGGAUGAGAGCCAAGAAGACUCCUUAUGCUCCUCAACGCGUGCUGAUUUAGAUGGCUCGUUUGCUCCAAACACAACAGCGACAUAUGUUGCGGACUGUCAAAUAAUGGAGUACUUCCAGGUUGGCCAAACUAAGGCUUCGCUAGGGCUGGCUCUUUAUGUACUCGGCUAUGGGAUUGGGCCGCUCCUUUUCUCACCAAUGAGUGAAAUUCCCGCUUGCGGGCGAAAUGUUCCUUACAUCAGUUCGUUUAUCAUCUUUGUUAUUCUUGCUAUCCCCACCGCGCUCGUGGACAACUACGCUGGCCUAAUGGUUUUGAGAUUCCUCCAAGGAUUCUUUGGUAGCCCUUGCCUGGCGAGUGGCGGCGCCUCAAUGACAGAUAUGUAUGAUGGUAUUGAUAUACCUUUGGCCUUGACCGGCUGGGUUGCUGCAGCAUAUGGGGGCCCAGCCCUUGGCCCGCUUCUUUCGGCCUAUUCAGUAACCAAAGAAGGAUGGCGAUGGGCGCUAUGGGAAAUCAUUUGGAUGAGUGGACCAGUUCUUAUUAUCAUGCUGUUGUUUCUUCCUGAAACCUCGACAGAUACCAUUCUUCUACGCCGUGCCCAGCGACUGCGCAGGAUCACACAGAAUUCCAAUAUCCACGCGCCUUCAGAGAUUGAUCAAGGCGAUCAGACUAUUGGGCGAAGGAUUUCUUCUUCCCUCGUCAAACCUCUUGAGAUAAUGGCUAAAGACCCAGCAAUAUUUUUCACCAAUCUCUAUACCUCCUUGGUGUAUGGAAUAUAUUAUUCAUUUUUUGAAGCCUUUCCAUUGGUCUAUCCAGUGAUGUACGGCUUCAGUUCAGGCCAGUCUGGGCUCAUCUUCGUUUCUUUGGCUGCUGCAUGCGGAAUUGGAAUGGUGGUUUACAUCAUCUAUAUUUAUAGCUACCUGUUACCAGAUUUCAGAAAACAUGGUCAUCGAGAGCAUGAGCACCGCCUUGUUCCUGCUUUGAUCGCAUCUAUAUUCCCACCUGUUGGACUCGCUCUAUUCGGUAAGAAUUCUGCCAUUGCCGAGAUCAUGAAACGUUUAGUCUUUGGGAACGCGAGGCUGAUUUCAACUAUAUUCAGCAUGGACUUCUAG